AUGGACGCAGCAUUGUACAAGGACUUCAAAGUCUCUCGAGGACUCACCUACCACUAUUUUUACUCCCCGGCGACGGCGGGGUACCCAACCCUUCUAUUCGUGCACGGCUUUCCUUCCAGCUCGUUCGACUGGCACAGGCAGGUGGAGCACUUCAGGCCCAAGGGCUAUGGCAUUCUCGCGGCGGACAUCAUCGGCGCCGGUGGAACGUCCAAGCCAGACGACCCAGAUGCGUUCCGUCUCAUUUUGAUUGCGGCGGACAUCGUCGACCUGCUUGACGCCGAGGGCUUGGACAAAGUCAUCGGGAUUGGGCACGACUGGGGGUCCGUUAUUUUGUCGCGCAUUGCGAACCUGUUCGACGAGCGUUUCCAUGCGUAUGCCUGGAUGUCUGCUGUGUAUUGGCCGCCCCAACCGUCUCCAAUAGACAUCGAUGCUCUUAUCGAACAACUGAAGGCGCAGACCGGAGACCCGCGGUACGGCUACUGGGAGUUCUUCACUUUGGAUGGCGCACACGAGCUUUGUGACAAGAAUAUCGACUCGUUCCUGCAACUUCUGUACCCAGAUCCCCCCGAGCUGUGGCUGGAAUGGCUCACCCCGGUGGGGAAGACCCAGCAGUGGCUGAUGGAGAAUCGUACUCCUGGGAUCCCUUCUUGGCUAACGCAGGAGGAAUAUCGCACACUGCGCGAGACUCUCAAAAAAGGCGGCCUUGAGUCGAUGCUCAGUUUCUACAUAGCGGCGGUCAGAAACCUGAACGUCCCAGAUGACGAAAACAUUCCCCGGGAGACCUGGACGAUCUGCAAACCGGCGCUGUGUGUCCUCACGCUCCGCGACGCUGCAUGCGCGCCUUCCAUGCAGAUGCCGAUCAUAGAGAAGUACCUACCACAUGCGAAGGUGGUCGAGCUGAACGUUGGCCACUGGGUAACCUUCGAGGCGACCGAGAUGCUGAAUGCAGAAUUAGAAAAAUGGGUCGAAGGACUUGGUUUGCGAAGCUCUGCCUAG